AUGGCUUCGAAGGCGAUGAGCGUGGCAGCGGAGAAGGUAGGGGCGGCGGCGCGCCGCCAAGCGGUGUCGCUGACGGACGCUGCCGCUUCGCGAAUACGGCACCUGCUACAGCAGCGUCAGAGGCCCUUCUUGAAGCUCGGAGUCAAGGCUCGCGGCUGUAACGGCUUAUCCUACACCCUCAAUUACGCAGAUGAAAAAGGAAAGUUUGAUGAGUUGGUUGAGGAUAAGGGUGUUAAGAUAUUGAUUGAUCCAAAGGCCCUUAUGCAUGUCAUUGGAACUAAAAUGGAUUUUGUGGAUGACAAACUGAGAUCGGAAUUUAUUUUCGUCAAUCCAAAUUCUAAAGGUCAGUGUGGUUGUGGUGAAUCUUUCAUGACAACAGGCAGUAGUGGGUCUUCUAAGUCAUGA